AUGCGAGUAGUCAUCGGCAAUCGAGAGAAACUCGAAUACAUCGAAGGAGAUCUGAAUCCCCCAAAAACCACCGAUCAGAAUUCAACAAAUGGCAAGCUUCCGACUUCGCUGUUGGCUCAUCCAAAACAUGGAGCCAAAACUCGUCUUGCAAUUUGCUCAACACCAAUCUGCCAAGGCGUUAUGGCGGAGCCUCGCAACAACGUUCGGAGUUGUCAUCUUUGGUGCAAUGGAUUUGCAUACUCUUGCACAAUCUGCGAUGACUUCAACAUGGAUGUUGUCUGCGCCCUCAUCACUCCUGCAAUAACACACGCACCUCACAAGAGCAAUCACUUACUCUUCAUGUCUCCCACCACCGAAUUCGGCAGCGAUGAAAAGUGCAGCUGCUGCAGCUCUACCCUGACCGGAAUCUGCUACAGCUGCAGCAGCUGCCAUGAUUUCAACCUCCACGUCAGAUGCGCUCUCCUGCCACGCACCGUUCACCACAUGUUCGACCCGCACCCUCUCCUACUGACCACAGCCACCCCCAGAGAGGCAGAGGGCGGCUGCAGUAGCAGUCGGGAUGAGUUCUUCUGUGAGGAGAGUUUGGAGGGAGAGGGGCCGCUGCGGUGGCACUACAGCUGCAGCAAGUGUGAUCAGUGGUUCCACUACAAUUGCAUUACCUCGAUCGAUCAGCUUUCUAGGAUGAAGGUGGGUGUGGAAGCUCGUGUGGAUGUGCACGGAUGUCCCAUCGCGCUUGUUCGACUGGAGGAUAGCGUUUGCGCUGGGCGGCGGUGUGGAGCUUGUGGGGAUAAGUUGAAGUUGGGUGAUGAUGGUUUGGCUUAUGAGUGCUCCAACUGUUUCUUCGGGUUGCACCAAAACUGCGCCAAGAAACAUUUAUUGAAGAUUCAUGACGAGUCAGAAUAA